CCCCCACCCGGCGCGGACGUGGCGCGGCAGCGUGUUUUUCAGCCCGCCCGCGGGUUGCUGUGCCUUUUAGCAUUAUUAUUCUUUUUAUUUUUAAUUACUUAUUUUUAAUUCCCCCUCCUUCGGUCUGCCCGGGGACCUGCGGGAUGGGGGACCCGGACUUGCCCCUGUUUCCCCUCCCCGGGGGCCGCUGCCAGCGGUAGGUGCCCCCUGGGGCUGCCCCCCGCCAUGGGGCAGGGUGCCGUGGGGCCGGCCGGGACGCUCAGCCUGGCCGGGGUGCUCAGCCUGGCCGGGACACUAGUGGGGGACAGCGGGGUGCAGCCAGCCGGGACCCCACUGCCACUGGACCUGGGGCACACGGCCCCUCCCGGGGGGGAUGCUCUGAGCCACGGCCGGGGCCUGGAUUGCUGGGAGGUGCGGAAACGCAACAGCUCUGAGUGGUGCCACUUCGUCCGGAGCAACCCCGACUGCCGGCUGGAGGGCGGCUUCCUAGACUACCUGGAUGGGGUCUUCUGCGUCUUCCCCUCUCGGCUGCUCCCCCUGGCCGUCACCCUCUACGCUCUCUGGCUCCUGUACCUGUUUGUCAUCCUCGGCGUGACAGCGGAGAAGUUCUUCUGCCCGAACUUAUCGGCCAUCUCCACCAACCUGAAGCUGUCUCACAACGUGGCAGGUGUCACCUUUCUGGCCUUCGGCAAUGGGGCACCAGAUGUCUUCAGCGCCGUGGUGGCCUUUUCCGACCCGCGGACGGCAGGGCUGGCCAUCGGGGCUGUCUUCGGUGCCGGUGUGUUCGUGACCACGGUGGUGGCCGGGGGCAUCGCCAUGGUCAAGCCCUUCACGGCCGCCUCCCGGCCCUUCCUCAGGGAUGUCAUCUUCUACAUGGUGGCCGUCUUCCUCACAUUCAUGGUCCUCUACUUCGGCAGGAUCACGCUGGGAGAGGCUCUGGGGUACCUGGGGCUCUAUGUCUUCUACGUGUUCACCGUGGUGCUCUGCACCUGGAUCCACCGAUGGCAGCGGGGGGAAGGACCGACCCCCCCCAGCCCCUGGGAACCAGAGAUGCCAACAGAUGCUGAAGAGCAGGAGUCCUCAGGUGCCAACAGUGGGGACUAUGGUGAGGAGUACCAGCCCCUGCUCCCCUCCCCGGAGAGCUCCUUGCGCAUCCUCUCCACUGCGCUCAGCCCCCUGGACCACCGCAAGUGGAGGAGGAAGCCCUGGUACUGGCGGCUCUUCAAGAUCUUCAAGGUGCCGGUGGAGCUGCUGCUGCUGCUCACUGUCCCUGUCGUGGACCCCGACAAGGACGACCUGAACUGGAAGAGACCCCUCAACUGCCUGCACAUCGUCACCAGCCCCCUCCUCUGCAUCCUCACUCUGAAAUCUGGCACCUAUGGGCUGUACCAGAUCCAGGGCGUCUUCCCAGUCUGGGCACUGAUCACAUUGGUUGGCUCUGUCCUGGCUACCAUCAUCUUCAUCACAACAAGCAAUGAGCGGCCACCCAAGUACCACUGUGUCUUUGCCUUCCUUGGGUUUUUGGCCAGUGCCAUGUGGAUCAAUGCCGCAGCCACAGAGCUGGUGAACAUCCUCCGCACAUUGGGUGUCAUCUUCCAGCUGAGCAACACUGUGCUGGGCCUGACGCUGCUGGCCUGGGGCAACAGCAUUGGCGACACCUUCUCCGACCUCACCAUGGCACGGCAGGGCUAUCCCCGCAUGGCCUUCUCCGCCUGCUUCGGGGGCAUCAUCUUCAUGCUGUGUCCCCAUCCUGAACAUGCCCUAGACAUCCUGGUCGGCGUGGGGCUGGGCUGCCUGCUGCAGAUGACCAGCAGCCAGCUGGUGGUGAAGCUGGAGCCCGACAGCCUGCUGGUGUGGAUCCUGGCCGGGGCCCUGGGGCUGAGCUUGGUCUUCUCCUUCGUGGCGGUGCCAGCGCAGUGCUUCCAGCUGGGCAAAGCCUACGGCCUCUGCCUCAUCCUCUACUACCUGGCCUUCCUCUGCGUGGCCCUGCUGACCGAGUUCAAGGUCAUCCACCUCUCCACUGCCUGAGAGACACGUGUCCAUCCUCCCUCCCUGCUGGAUCGGGCCCUCGCUGUCCCCUUGCACUGUCCCUGCCAGGGCGACCGAGGCACCUUGACCUCAAGCUGCUGCCACCACACGCUGGAGGCACCACGUGCCGGCUCAGCCUUCACUUUCUGGAGGGGGGGUUGGUUGUUUGUGCUUUGGGAAGGGAAAAGGAGCCAUUAGUCACUAGCCACGUCUUCGCUCUGCCUAAUCUUGUUUAACUCAAGGUGGCUCUAAGCAGGACCAAGGUGAAGACCUCGGUGUCCUCCGGUCCCGGUGGCAGAGAGGGCAGCUCCAGCCUGGGGUCACAACCAGUGAGGUUUUUCCUCUUCAACCACUUUAUUUUCCCUUUCCCACCUCUAUCCUGACUGCCUGGGGACAAGGCUGGGGCGGUCACACCACAGGGGUGACUCUGUGAAGGUCUGAGCCAUGUUUGUCACUGUAAAGGAUGUGAUUUGUUCACAGGGCGGGUUUGGAAGAGCAGCCGAGGCAAAGCAAGACGGGGUUGAGGUGAGAUGAAGCUCCAGGGCAGCGCUUGGGUUUUAGUGCAAGCAAAGCUGGAGGCAAAAAAAAAAAAAGCAAAGCAAACAAAGGGAGGCUGGUUUCCCCUUUUUUUAAAGCUCUGUUUUUGAACCUGAGUUUCAGAUCCUACUUUUCUCCUCCUCUGAGUGUGGACAGAGUGGUAGGAAAGGUCGUGGAGUUUCCACGUGCAGUGUUAGCCUGAGGCAGGACUAGGUUUAGGCACUGUAAAAAAAAAAACAACAUAAAAAUAUUGCAAUAAAAAGCCAAACCCAA